AUGGACCCCAUGGAAAUGAACAGGACAUUGGACCGAUUGGCGCCUCUAGAGCUCAUCAGGCCUGUAAAGAGUUGCCAUAACAAGCCUCCCGUUUUAGUGUUGGAUGACAGAAUAGUAGAUGCCGCAACCAAAGAUCUUUAUGUAAACGGGUUUCAAGAAGAGGCCCAGUAUCAGAACCUUACUCCUGAAAGUUUGCAACAUAUGUUCCAUCAGGGCAUUGAGCUAUUGGACUCGGCGAGAAUGAUCAACGUGACACAUUUGGCGCUUUGGAAGCCCUCAUCUUUUAAAUUGGGGAACCCUGUGGACUGUGCCCUAGAUGAUAACUACGAUACGUUCUGGCAGAGCGAUGGAGGUCAGCCACAUCAGUUGGACAUUAUGUUUAGCAAGAGAACGGAGAUCUGUGUCAUGGCGCUUUUCUUCUCGAUGAUUGCGGACGAGUCAUAUGCUCCCAGCUUAGUAAAGAUGUAUGCGGGGCAUAGUCCUUCGGACGUAACGUUUUACAAGAAGCUCGAAGUGAGAAAUGUGAAUGGUUGGGUGGCAUUAAGGUUUCCUGAUAACAGGGAUGACGAUCAAUUACUGAAAUGCCAAUUCAUCAGACUUUUAUUUCCAGUCAACCAUGAGAACGGGAAGGACACCCACUUGAGAGGCAUAAGGCUAUAUGUUCCAUCCAAUGAGCUGCACCAAGAGACUCACGAGUGGGCACAGACUCUUCCGGAAACCAACAGUUUGUUCCAGGAUGCUAUACUACGGUAG